AUGCACUUACGCCGAGGCCAGAUGGCCGCUGUCGGAGCCCCAAGCAUGCUCAUGCCACUGCUUCGUACUGCAAUGCUCAUCUGCAGCUUGAUGAGCCUUUGCCCCAGUGUAUGCUCCUUAGCCACACCCGCACACCAUAAUGCAUCAGAAUCCGACAGGCAUGCCCUGCUAUGUGUUAGGUCACACUUCUCCGACCCUGAUGGAGCACUACACUCAUGGAGGAGCGAAUCCGUCGCAUUCUGCAAUUGGCGUGGGGUGUCAUGCAGUACACGCCACGCAGGUCGUGUUGUUGCCCUUCACCUUGAAUCACUGAACAUUACUGGACAAAUAUCUCCUUGCAUUGCAGGACUUCGUUUCCUCCGUGGAAUUCACAUAGCUGAUAACCAUAUCAGUGGCCACAUACCUCCUGAGAUUGGUCGCCUAACCCGACUCAGAUACCUCAACCUUAGCAGGAAUUCUAUCACCGGGGUUAUUCCGGAUACCAUAUGUUCCAGCCCCCACCUGGCGGUCAUCGACCUGAGCAUAAAUUCCAUCACAGGGGUGAUUCCGGAUAGCAUAUCCUCUUGUUCCAGCCUCGAGGUCAUCCGCCUGCGGAAUAACUACAUUGAAGGUGAAAUCCCUCCAGCUCUUGCACAUUGCUCGUCUCUUCAGGAAAUUGUUCUGAGCAAUAGCAAACUCAACGGAACCAUCCCUCCAGGGAUCGGUUUGCUUCACAACCUUAAAUUUCUGUUUCUCCCUAGCAACAAACUUGAUGGCAGCAUUCCUUCGUCUUUGGGGAGUAGCCCAUCACUGUCCAUACUUGUCCUCCGGAAUAAUAGCCUAUCUGGUGAAAUGCCACCAUCGUUAGCAAAUUCUUCUUCACUCUACUACCUUGACCUCAUGAGAAACAACCUUAAUGGAGAGAUCCCUUCCACGCUUUUUGAUAGCCCAUCUCUUGUUACCUUAGAUCUCUCGUAUAAUGAAUUCUCAGGUCCAAUACCAGCUUUCUCACUGUCAUCCUCCAAGCUAAAAUACCUUAGCCUAACCGAAAACAAGCUUUCAGGAGAAAUUCCACCGACACUGGGAAACUUUUCGUCCCUAUGUUCCUUGUUGCUUGCUCAAAAUAAGCUGCACGGAAGCAUUCCAGAAAGUUUAACCAGAAUUCAAAGCCUAGAAACACUAGAUUUAGCUUAUAAUUACUUGUCUGGUGCAGUUCCACCAGCUAUUUACACAGUCGCAUCUCUCGCUUAUCUUGGCCUUGGUGUCAACCAACUUGCUGGGAGAAUUCCAACCGACAUUGCAUACACUCUUCCAAACAUCGAAACAUUGGUCAUGGAAGGAAACCAUUUUGAUGGUCCACUCCCUGCAUCACUAGUUAAUGCAUCCAACCUUCAAGUGCUAGAGCUCCGUGACAAUUCAUUCACUGGUUUGAUUCCUUCUUUCUGGUCUUUGCCCUACUUGACCCAAUUAGACCUUGGUGCAAACCAGUUCGGAGAGGUAGACUGGAGUUCAUUGUGCUCAGUACCAGCCUCUGCACAGUUAAAAGCAAUGUAUCUAGAUAACAACCAGAUUCAUGGAACAAUACCUAGUACCAUUGGAAAUCUUCCGAGCAGCUUACAGUUGUUGUAUUUUUCAGAGAACAGAUUUACUGGAACCAUACCUUCAGAGAUAGGAAAACUCACCAACCUCACAGUUCUCCAAUUUACGGGAAACUUACUCUCAGGGGGCAUUCCUGACACAAUUGGAAACCUCAGGAACUUGUUUCUCCUCGGUUUGUCAAGGAAUAAACUUUCUGGAGAGAUCCCAAAAUCAGUUGGUAACUUUGAAAAGCUAGGUGAGCUUUAUAUGCAAGAAAACAACUUGAGCGGGUCCAUACCUUCGAGCUUAGCAGGCUGCAAAAAUUUGGUAAUUCUAAACCUAUCAUGCAAUGGUUUCCAUGGAAGUAUUCCAUCUGGGCUCCUGUCUAUAUCCUCUCUUUCAGCAUGCCUAGAUUUGUCAUAUAAUAAGCUCAAUGGAUCCAUAUCAUCUGAGAUCGGUAGCUUGAUUAAUCUUGACUCCCUUAAUAUUUCCAACAACCAAUUAUCUGGAGAGAUUCCACAUGCAGUUGGUGAGUGUCUUCACUUGGAAUCACUUCGAUUAGAGGUGAAUUUCCUUCAUGGGAGCAUUCCAGAAUCUUUCAUGAGCUUAAGGGGCAUAAAUGAGAUGGAUCUAUCUCAAAACAACUUGUCUGGUGAAAUACCAGACUUUCUUGGGACCUUUAGCUCUCUGCAACUUCUCAAUUUGUCCUUCAACAGCCUUGAGGGGAUAGUUCCUACAGGUGAUGCAUUUAUCAAUUCAAGUAAGGUGUUCAUACAAGGAAACAAGGAUUUAUGUACAAGGUCCGCAAUGCCUCAGCUACCACUUUGCACAUCAACUAGAAACAAAAGAAGGGAAACCUUGCACAUCAUAUGUAUAGUUUUUGCACUUGCUAGCGUUGUUACAGUCCUGGUGUCAGUUGCUGCAACCAUUCUUUUGAAGAAAAGAAAUAAAUCAAAACAACACACUGAUGAAUCACCCAAUGAGUUGAUGAAGUUCUCAUAUGCUGAGCUUGCUAGAGCUACUAACGAUUUUUCGUUGGCAAACCUAGUUGGCUCAGGGAGUUUUGGAAUAGUCUAUAAAGGUAUAUUCGAGUUUCAGAUGCACCCAGUUGCGAUUAAGGUUUUCAAACUAGACAAUAAUGGAGCACCAAAUAACUUUUUAACUGAAUGUGAGGUGUUAAGAAAUACUCGUCACCGAAAUCUCAUGCGGGUCAUUAGUCUAUGCUCAAGCUGCGAUAAAAUGGGAAAUGAGUUCAAAGCUCUGGUCCUUGACUACAUGCCCAAUGGCAACCUAGAGGGGUGGCUCCAUUCAGAAGUACAUGAACAAAGACAAAGGAGGCCACUGAGUCUCGGAUCAAGAAUAAUGAUAGCUAUGGACAUCGCCGCAGCCUUGGACUAUCUCCACAAUUGGUGCACACCUCCUUUGGUUCAUUGUGAUUUGAAGCCAAGCAAUGUCCUUUUGGAUGAUGCUAUGGGUGCUCAUGUUAGUGACUACGGAUUGGCAAAGUUUCUGUGUACCAACCCUUCAGUAAGUGAAAAGGAUUUAACAAGUGCACAUGGGCCAAGAGGAUCAGUUGGUUAUAUUGCACCAGAAUACGGGAUGGGUUGCAAGAUAUCGACUGCAGGUGACGUCUACAGCUAUGGUGUUAUUCUGCUGGAGAUGCUCACUGGGAAGCAUCCAACUGAUGAUAUCUUCAUGGAUGGACUGAACCUUCACGGAUUGGUAGUCUCUGCAUUUCCACAAGAUAUUUGUAACAUUUUAGAGACCAGUAUUAUUCCAUAUUAUGAACUCGAAGAAGCAAAUCACAGAUUAGAUGGUGGGGACCGUCUGGUGGUUGGAAUGCAAAAUUGUAUCAUGCAGUUUGCUAAACUUGGCCUAGAAUGCUCCAUGGACUCACCAAGUGAUCGGCCGGCAAUGCAAGAUGUGUAUGCUGAAAUCACAAUGAUCAAAGAAACAUUUUCAACACUGCACUGCUGA